GUCCAUUAAACAGAAGACUUUAAUCAAUGUGCUGGGAAUGGUAAAACUCAAGCAUGGAUUUCUUUAAAAAAAUUGUGCCUUCUGUCACGUCAGAUAUUGGAAAUGGGGUUUGUGAAAAUUCUCCGAAACUAUUGAAAAUGAGGCGCAUCAGUUUGUUUUCAUUAGGACAGACUUUAGAUGAAGAUGGCAUUCAUUUUCUGCAUUCCAAUUACACAUCAGCACAAGCCAGAAGCAUUACUAAGCACAGAAUUUCUCCCACCAUCAAUUCUACUUGGGAAAAGGGAAGCGUCAUCAUGUCUAAUAUUACUAUUGAUCCAGAUGUCAAACCUGGUGAAUAUGUCAUCAAGAGCCUCUUUACUGAGUUUGCUAUUCAAGCUGAAAAGAAAAUUGAAGUUGUAAUGGCUGAACCGUUGGAAAAACCCCUGUCUAGAUCUCUUCAGAGAGGUGAAGAUUUUCAGUUUGAUCAGUUGAUAAGCUCUAUGAGCUCAGUAGCAGAGCACUGUCUCCCCUCCUUAUUACGCACCUUGUUUGACUGGUACAAACGCCAAAAUGGAACUGAAGAUGAAUCUUAUGAAUACAGGCCUCGGUCCAGCACAAAGUCUAAGGGAGAUGAGCAGCAGCGAGAGAGAGAUUAUCUACUUGAACGAAGGGAUUUAGCGGUAGAUUUUAUUUUUUGCUUAGUUUUAGUAGAAGUUCUAAAACAGAUACCUGUUCAUCCAGUGCCUGACCCUUUAGUUCAUGAAGUUCUAAAUUUGGCUUUCAAGCACUUUAAACACAAGGAAGGGUAUUCAGGGACCAACACUGGAAAUGUCCAUAUCAUCGCAGAUUUAUAUGCAGAAGUGAUAGGUGUUCUUGCCCAAUCAAAGUUUCAAGCUGUUAGAAAAAAAUUUGUUACAGAAUUAAAGGAACUGAGGCAAAAGGAACAGAGCCCUCAUGUGGUACAAAGUAUCAUCAGCUUAAUUAUGGGGAUGAAGUUUUUCAGAGUAAAAAUGUAUCCUGUGGAAGAUUUUGAAGCAUCAUUUCAAUUCAUGCAGGAAUGUGCACAGUAUUUUUUGGAGGUGAAAGAUAAAGACAUAAAGCAUUCGCUUGCUGGUUUGUUUGUAGAAAUUCUCAUCCCUGUUGCUGCUGCUGUUAAAAAUGAAGUGAAUGUGCCAUGCCUGAAAAAUUUUGUGGAGAUGCUCUAUCAGACAACUUUUGAGCUGAGCUCAAGAAAGAAGCAUUCAUUGGCUUUGUAUCCAUUGAUCACCUGUUUGUUGUGUGUCAGUCAGAAGCAGUUUUUUUUAAAUAACUGGCAUAUCUUCCUACAGAAUUGUCUGUCUCAUUUGAAGAAUAAAGACCCGAAAAUGUCUCGAGUUGCACUGGAAUCGCUAUAUAGAUUAUUAUGGGUUUAUGUUAUUAGAAUAAAAUGUGAGAGCAACACUGUAACACAGAGCCGUCUGAUGGGCAUAGUAUCUGCACUUUUUCCAAAAGGCUCUCGCAGUGUAGUCCCUCGAGACACACCUCUGAACAUAUUUGUAAAAAUUAUUCAGUUCAUUGCUCAGGAACGUUUGGAUUUUGCAAUGAAAGAAAUAAUUUUUGAUCUUCUCAGUGUGGGAAAAUCCCCGAAAACUUUCGCUAUUAAUCCAGAGAGAAUGAAUAUAGGUCUCAGAGUCUUCCUUGUGAUAGCAGACAGUUUGCAGCAGAAGGAUGGAGAACCACCUAUGCCAACUACAGGUGUUGUCCUUCCAUCAGGAAACACUCUUCGUGUAAAGAAAAUUUUUCUUAAUAAAACUCUGACUGAUGAAGAAGCAAAAGUGAUAGGAAUGUCGAUAUAUUAUCCUCAAGUAAGGAAAGCACUAGAUAGCAUACUUAGGCAUCUAGACAAAGAAGUUGGGAGGCCAAUGUGCAUGACAAGUGUACAGAUGACCAAUAAAGAACCUGAAGAUAUGAUCACGGGUGAGAGAAAACCAAAAAUUGAUUUGUUUAGAACUUGCAUUGCUGCUAUCCCAAGACUGAUUCCAGAUGGAAUGAGCAGAAAUGACCUUAUUGAACUGCUUGCAAGGCUGACUAUUCACAUGGAUGAAGAACUGCGUGCACUGGCUUUCAAUACUUUGCAAGCAUUAAUGCUGGAUUUUCCAGAUUGGCGGGAAGAUGUUUUGUCAGGAUUUGUUUAUUUUAUUGUCCGUGAAGUCACUGAUUUGCAUCCUACUCUCCUGGACAAUGCAGUUAAGAUGUUGGUGCAGCUAAUCAGUCAGUGGAAGCAAGCAGUCCAAAUACAAAACAAGAACCAAGAAACUCAGCGUGGCGUCACUAAUGGAUCUGCUCCUACCCUUUCCCUGGAAAGGGCUCCUUAUUCUAAUGUGUUCCAUGUGGUUGAAGGCUUUGCGUUGGUUAUCCUUUGUAGCACAAGAUCUGCCACUAGAAGACUAGCUGUCAGUUGCCUUAAGGAAAUAAGAGCUCUCUUCACCGUUUUAGACAUGACUAAGGGUGACGAUGAGUUGGCCAUAGAUGUAAUGGACAGAUUGAGUUCAUCAAUUCUUGAAAGUUUUAUACAUCUUACUGGUGCCGAUCAGUGCAACUAUCCCUUCCCUUUCCCCAUCUCAACAUGCUGUUUUUUCCUUAUAUUUUACUGGUUUUCUUCUGGAAGGAGGGAAGAGUCUCUUUGCUUCUGUGACUUUGCAGACCAGCCGGGGGGGGUGGGGGGGUGUUUCCACAUGAACAGCCAGCAAGUGUGCGCAUCCAUGCAGCUCCAUUUGCGCGAGCAGCAUGCACACAAGCUUGCUGCUCACGCAAUGUCUGCAGUGCUUUGUUGUGGUCCAGUUGCAGAUAAUGUAGGACUUUCACCGGACGGUUAUCUAUACAAAUGGCUAGAUAAUAUUUUGGAUUCUCAGGAUAAGAAGGUGCAUCAGCUUGGUUGUGAAGCAGUUAUGUUGCUGUUGGAGCUCAACCCUGACCAGAGUAACCUCAUGUAUUGGGCCGUAGACCGUUGUUAUACAGGCUCGAAGCGUGUAGCAGCCGGAUGUUUUAAAGCCAUAGCCAACGUAUUCCAAAACAGGGAUUACCAGUGUGAUACUGUUACUCUUCUCAAUCUUAUAUUAUUUAAAGCAGCUGAUUCUUCUAGAGCUAUCUAUGAAGUUGCUAUGCAGCUUUUGCAAAUCCUAGAGCCCAAGAUGUUUCGUUACGCUCAUAAACUGGAGGUUCAGAGAACUGAUGGACUAUUGAGUCAGCCUUCACCUUUGCCACAUUUAUAUUCUGUGUCCUAUUAUCAACUCUCAGAAGAAUUAGCAAGAACAUAUCCAGAAUUAACUCUCGCAAUAUUUUCAGAGGUAAGCCAGAGAAUUCAAACAGCACAUCCUUCUGGAAGACAGGUGAUGCUUCACUAUUUGCUGCCGUGGAUGAAUAAUAUUGAAUUAAUGGAUGUGAAACCUUUACCCACAAUCCGACGGCAAGGUGAAGAUGACGAGGAUCUCCUAAAAGACAGAGAACUGAUGGUGAACAGCAGGCGCUGGUUGAGAGGCGAAGGUUGGGGGUCACCCCAGGCAACUGCUUUAGUUUUAAACAACCUAAUGUAUAUGACAGCAAAGUACGGAGAUGAAGUGGCUUGGUCAGAAAUUGAAAACGUUUGGAUUACUCUAGCAGACAGUUGGCCAAAGAAUCUGAAAAUAAUUCUGCAUUUUUUAAUCAGCAUUUGUGGAAUAAAUAGCGAACCCAGCCUUUUGCCUUAUGUGAAGAAGGUAAUUGUUUACUUGGGUAGAGAUAAAACCAUGCAGCUUUUGGAAGAGUUGGUGAGCGAAUUGCAGCUCACAGAUCCUGUUAGUUCUGGAGUGACACAUAUGGAUAAUCCGCCCUAUUACCGUAUCACUUCUAGUUACAAAAUCCCUUCUGUCACCUCAGGAACUACUUCCAGUAGCAAUACAAUGGUGGCACCCACAGAUGGUAAUCACAACAAUAAGCUUACAAAAGAUAGUAUUGAUGAAAGCUACAUCCAUCUGGAUAUCUAUAGUGGAUUGAACAGUAAUCUGAACCGCCAGCAUCAUAGGCUAGAAUCUCGAUACAGCAGCAGUUCAGGAGGCUCAUAUGAAGAAGAAAAAAGUGAUUCGAUGCCAUUGUAUUCGAGCUGGCGACUUAAAGUGAUGGAACACAAUGAAGGAGAGCCCUUACCUUUUCCACCUUCAGGAGGUUGUUGGUCACCAUUGGUGGAUUAUUUGCCCGAAACAUCAUCUCCAGGCAUGUCUCUUCAUAGGUGUAACAUAGCAGUGAUUCUGUUGACUGACCUAAUAAUUGACCAUAGCGUGAAGGUAGAUUGGGGAAAUUACUUGCAUCUCUUGCUUCAUGCCAUUUUUAUAGGUCUUGAUCAUCACCAUCCGGAAGUAUAUGAACACUGUAAACACCUCCUAUUGCAUUUAUUGAUAGUGAUGGGCUCUAACAGUAGCGUCCAGGCUGUGGCUUCUAUCCUUCUUAGGAACAAGGAGUUUAAUGAACCCCGGGUGCUCACUAUCAAACAAAUAGCACAUUUGGACUGCAUCUUCACAGGUGUUAAUGAUUUUAUACCAGAUCACCAGCCCUCUCCAAUGACAGACUCAGGACUCAGUUCAAGUUCUACCUCUUCCAGCAUCAGUUUAGGAAAUACAAGCGCUGCCAUUUCUCAGAUGCAAAGCACCAUUCUCAAUGAAAUUGAUCUUUCAGGAGAACAAGAUGAAAAAAUGAAGUCACUGAUGGAGUUUAUUACUUCAAGAAAACAAGGACCACUUUGGAAUCAUGAAGAUGUUUCAGCAAAGAAUCCAAGCAUAAAGAGUGCUGAGCUGUUAACUAUAUUUCUAAAGCAUGUUGUUUCUGUAUUCAAGCAGUCAAGUUCAGGUGGAUUUCAGCUGGAGCAGCAUCUUAGUGAAGUUGCUCUGCAGACUGCACUUUCUUGCUCUUCUCGACACUAUGCUGGAAGAUCUUUUCAGAUUUUCAGAGCAUUGAAACAGCCUCUUUCAGCCAACACACUUUCUGAUAUUCUCUCCAGGCUUGUAGAAACUGUUGGAGAUGCUGGAGAAGAAGCUCAGGGUUUUGUCAUAGAACUGCUUCUUACAUUGGAGUCAGCAGUGGAUACAUUGGCAGACACCAUGAAGCAUUAUGAUCUUCUCACUGCACUUUCCCAUGCUUCCUAUUAUGACCCAUUAUUGGGUAACAAAUAUGCAACAAACAGAAAAAGCACCGGUCAGAUAAACCUAAGCACAAGUCACGUUAACUCUGGUAACUUUGUAGGCUAUUACAGUCACAUGAAAAGCAACUCUUUGCGACUGAGUUUGAUAGGCGAAAGGAAAAGUGACCGACGGAGGAGCAACACGCUGGAUAUAAUGGAUGGAAGGAUAAAUCACUCCAACAGCUUAGCAAGGACUAGAAGCCUUUCCUCCCUGAAAGAGGGAGGAAUGCACGAUGUGCAGCCCACUACUGAUCCUGUCAAUCUGAUGGCCACCAUAUUCUGGAUUGCAGCUUCUUUGCUGGAAUCAGAUUAUGAAUAUGAAUACCUCUUGGCUCUCAGGCUCCUCAAUAAACUUCUCGUUCAUUUGCCUCUGGAUAAACCUGAGAGCAGGGAGAAGAUUGAACAGAUGCAGAGUAAAUUAAAAUGGAAUAACUUUCCAGGCCUUCAGCAGUUAUUCCUGAAGGGGUUCACCUCUGUGUCGACCCAAGAAAUGACAGUUCACUUACUUAGCAAGCUCAUCACAGUUUCCAAGCACAUGUUGGUGGAUCCAUCCCAAGUAGCAGGAUUUCCUCUUAACAUAUUAUGUUUAUUGCCUCAUUUAAUUCAACAUUUUGAUAAUCCAAGUCAGUUCUGCAAGGAAACAGCUGACAGAAUAGCGAAGGUUUGUACAGAAGAGAAGUCCCCAACUCUUGCUAAUUUGGCUCAUAUGAUGUGUUUAUACAGUACACACAGUUACUCCAGAGACUGCUCUAAUUGGAUUAAUGUAGUGUGCAGAUAUUUGCAUGACUCAUUCUCAGAAACAACUUUUAAUCUGAUAACGUACCUGGCAGAGCUGUUAGAAAAAGGGAUCUCCAGCAUGCAACAGUCUUUGCUGCAAAUCAUUUAUAGCCUUUUGAGCCACGUUGACCUGUCCACAGCACCAGUGAAGCAGUUCAAUUUGGAGAUCAUAAAGAUCAUUGGCAAAUAUGUUCAGAGUCCCUACUGGAAGGAAGCGCUUAAUAUUUUGAAAUUGGUGGUAUCGCGUUCAGCCAGUCUCGUUGUACCAAAUGAUAUUCCAAAAUCUUAUGGCGGUGAUACAAGCUCACCUGAAAUUUCAUUUACAAAAAUUUUUAACAAUGUUUCCAAAGAACUGCCUGGAAAGACCUUAGAUUUUCAUUUUGACAUAUCAGAGACCCCAAUUAUUGGGAACAAAUACGGUGAUCAGCACAGUGCCACAGGUAGGAAUGGCAAAGCCAAAGUCAUCGCUGUUACAAGAAGUACAUCUUCAACUUCCUCUGGAUCAAAUUCGAAUGCUUUGGUGCCUGUGAGCUGGAAGAGGCCACAGUUAUCUCAGCGACGAACAAGGGAGAAACUAAUGAAUGUAUUAUCUCUUUGUGGUCCAGAAUCAGGAAUCCCCAAGAACCCUUCUGUUAUCUUUUCUUCUAAUGAAGACUUAGAAGUUGGGGACCAGCAAACGAGUCUUAUUUCAGCAACAGAGGAAGUAAUUCAAGAAGAAGAAGUGGUUGUAGAAGAUAACACAAGUGAACAACAGUUUGGAGUUUUUAAGGAUUUUGACUUUUUAGAUGUUGAGUUGGAAGAUGCAGAGGAGCUGCAGGGAGAGAGCAUGGACAACUUUAACUGGGGCGUCCGUAGGCGUUCACUGGACAGUAUUGAGAAAGGGGACACGCCAUCUCUCCAAGAGUAUCAGUAUUCAGGUAGCACCCCCAGCUUGAACCUGACCAACCAAGAAGAUACUGAUGAGUCCUCAGAAGAAGAAGGCUUGAGCGCAAGUCAGAUACUAACACACUCCCAAAUGCUAAACAAUGAAUCGGCUGUCGAUGAUGCCAUACCAGAUCACAUCAACUUGUUGCUGCAAUCUCAAGAUUCCACUAGCAGUGUUGGAAUGGAAGAGGUGCUUCAAAUCAGAGCUGAGACUCCAAGUUUGGAGGUUGCCUCUCUAGAUAAUGCUAACAACACGCUGCCUGAGGAUAGCAGUUCAUCAGUGAAAGAUGAACAAAGUACCGCUAGUGAAGAUGCUGGAUCAAUUGCACUGCAAGAACAAUUUGAGUCCUUAGUCCUUCAAGAACCCUUAGAACUGGAAGAAGCUCCUGAAAUUCAAGAGCAUCCGACCACUGAGAGUUAUACUGAAUCCAUCUUUGAAGAGGAUGUUACUCUUGCAUUGAAGGAGCUGGAUGAACGAUGUGAAGAAGAAGAAGCUGACUUCUCUGGCUUAUCCAGCCAAGAUGAAGAACAAGAUGGCUUUCCAGAAGUACAAAGCUCCCCGCCACCCUCCCCUUUUCUCUCUGCCAUAUUGGCAGCUUUUCAACCACAGGCCUAUGAUGAUGAAGAGGAGGCUUGGCGCUGCCAUGUUAAUCAGCUGCUGACAGACACAGAUGGAUCUUCUGCUGUCUAUACAUUUCAUGUGUUCUCUAGGUUGUUUCAGGUGAUUCAGAGGAGAUUUGGAGCCAUAACACACGAAUCUGUCAGUUUCCUGGGUGAGAAUCUGCAGCGAAUUGGAACAAAAUUUAAAAGUUCAUUGGAAGUUAUGACGACGUACUCAGAAUGCCCAACUGUUUUUGUGGAUGCUGAAACGUUAAUGUCCUAUGGUUUACUAGAAACGUUGAAAUUCAGUGUUUUGGAGCUUCAAGAACAUUUGGAUACUUACAAUGCUAAAAGAGAGGCAGCUGAACAGUGGCUAAAAGAUUGCAAAAGGACAUUUGGUACAGAUGAUGGUAUUCAUGGAGCUUCUACAGAUGCUCAGGAAUUAGAGCUGUGCCGGAGGCUCUAUAAGCUGCAUUUCCAGCUGCUCCUUUUAUUUCAAGCCUAUUGUAAACUUAUCAGCCAAGUGAAUGUAGUGAAAAAAGAGGCAGAGGUGAUAAACAUGUCAGAGGAGCUUGCUCAGUUGGAAGCCUGCCUGAAAGAAGCUGCUGCUUAUAGCAGUAUUGAAGACACUGAUAUCCCGGAAGCUUCUCAGAUCAGCACAGAGACAGCCAUUCAUUCGCUCAUUGAAACCUUACGGAAUAAGGAAUUUUUCUCUGCCAUAGCACAAGUCAAAGCGUUCAGGUGUAUUUGGCCCAAUGACAUAUUUGGCGAUUCCGAAGAAGACCCGAUUCAAACCCUCUUGCACAUAUUUUUCCGUCACCAGACCCUUGGCCAGACUGGCAGUUUUGCAAUAUUUGGCUCAAAACAAGAUACAUCUGAAGCCAGCUCCAAAUUAAUGGAACUGAAUUUAGAGAUUCGGGGAUCUCUCCACGUGGUGCAGUCGUACCAGCUCCUUGCAAAACACGCGGCUGUGAGAAAUCUGAGUACAGGGUUUUGAACCACUGUUCCUCGGAGGAAGACUAAAAGGGAGGGAGGGUAGUUUCCCUUUGAUCGAGCACCUUUCAUAUCGAAUGAAACUGUCCUAUUCUCCAGGGAAGAACUUUUCUAGAAACAAGUCGCAUACUUUAGUAACAGUUCUCGAAACAACUGACAUCUUUAAUGCUUUUUUUUUUUUAAACCUAGUAUCAGUAAUACGAACUCUUUAAAAAAAAACUGCAUUAGAGAAAAGGGCUAAAAGCAAUGCCUAUAAAAUGCAUUUUUCCCAUCAUAAACAGAAAGUACGUGGAGUUGCAAUAAUAGCCUCUUAACUUGGGGAUAAUUAAAGCAGGUGAAAUGAGGCUAAAAUGAACAAUGGUGCUUUUGGCUGAAGACCUGUGAAAGCUUUCUGGCUUUUAGACAGUAAAUAAUCAAAUAAUGUUUAAUUCAUAAUUUUGACACUGUCAUGAGGAAUGUGCUGUAUUAUACUGGAAUAUAAAAGACUGCAAAAUCCAUUGAUUUAUCAAUAUUGUAUUUACAAUUUAUUCUAUUUUUGCCUGUAAUGAUAAAAUAUAUGCGUGCAAGUAGGAAUGAAUGGCUAUCCAAUCAUAUUUUGAGGAUAUGGAUGUUUGAUAAAGUUUGAGCAUGCCAAAAAAAAGCACUGCAAGAUUAUUUUUGGAAAAAAGUAUAUAUUUUUAGCUUUAAUUCCUAGUCUGUAAAUGUUCUGGAGUUUAAUAAUAUUUAAAACUGGAAUUAUCCAGUUUUUUGUUUUUUU